AGAUAGUGGACGGUGUGCAGCUUAGUAAAGUUUUGUGGGAUUACCGAGGACAUUUGAUUCUUGUGUGCAUUCAGAUACCUAAAUGAAAAUAUUCUCCUGAAAUUCAUCACCAACAACCAGGAUAUUUAACUAAGAGCAAUGUUAAACUGCUGAAAGAGGUGAAGCAGAAGCCGUCCUGAAGAAUCUCCAGAACACACAGAAAUUGUUGCAUUUAACAGACAAAUGAAGCCAAGUCCCGACAUGGAGAAACAUCAGGACAAGAGUUUAAUUAAACAGAGUGAUCUCAAAAACAACCAGCGCAUUCACACAGGAGAGAAACCGUAUCACUGCUCAGACUGUGGGAAGAGUUUUACUAAACAGAGUGAUCUCAAAAAACACCAGCGCAUUCACACAGGAGAGAAACCUUAUCACUGCUCAGACUGUGGGAAGAGUUUUAAUCAACAGAUUAAUCUCAAAAUACACCAGCGCAUUCACACAGGAGAGAAACCUUAUCACUGCUCAGACUGUGGGAAGAGUUUUACUGAACAGAGUAAUCUCAAAAUCCACCUGCGCAUUCACACAGGAGAGAAACCGUAUCACUGCUCAGACUGUGGGAAGAGUUUUAGACAACAGAGUCACCUCAAACUGCACCAGCGCAUUCACACAGGAGAGAAACCUUAUCACUGCUCAGACUGUGGGAAGUGUUUUACUACACAGAGUAAUCUCAAAAAACACCAGCGCAUUCACACAGGAGAGAAACCGUAUUACUGCUCAGACUGUGGGAAGAGUUUUACUCAACAGAGUACUCUCAAAAUCCACCAGCGCAUUCACACAGGAGAGAAACCGUAUUACUGCUCAGACUGUGGGAAGAAUUUUACUGAACAGAGAAAUCUCAAAAUACACCAGCGCAUUCACACAGGAGAGAAACCGUAUCACUGCUCAGACUGUGGGAAGAGUUUUACUGAACAGAGAAAUCUCAAAAAACACCAGCGCAUUCACACAGGAGAGAAACCGUAUCACUGCUCAGACUGUAGAAAGAGUUUUAGUCGACAGUGUAAUCUUCAAAAUCAUCAGCGCAUUCACACAGGAGAGAAACCGUAUUACUGCUCAGACUGUGGGAAGAAUUUUACUGAACAGAGUACUCUCAAACUGCAUCAGCGCAUUCACACAGGAGAAAAACCGUAUCACUGCUCAGACUGUGGGAAGUGUUUUAAUCAAAAGAGUCAUCUCAAAAAACACCAGCGCAUUCACACAGGAGAGAAACCGUAUCACUGCUCAGACUGUGGGAAGUGUUUUAAUCAAAAGAGUCAUCUCAAAAACCACCAGCGCAUUCACACAGGAGAGAAAACGAUCCCAAAAUUGUCCCACGGCAAUUAAAAGUGCGAAUCGUAAAUCUUUCAGACAGAACAGCUUAUUCUACACAAAUGUUUCACUUUGUCACUUGGGACACGUUCCACCAGAAACAAACAUGAAUUGAAUUUAACAAUGGAUUUUACAGGUUCAGCAAAAUAAAACUUAUCCAGGGAUGAUGUUUAUUGAAUUCCAUGUUAUGUUUUCUCGUAUGUUUGAUAUUCCAGGACAUUCUUUGUGAGACAGAGUUUUUAGGGUAGUUACGGUAGGAAUUCAGUUCUGAAGAGGGGAAGGUCGUUCGAGCGAGGGCACUGCCAGUGUUUGCACUAGAUGUUAGAUUAGCAUAACUUAGUCUUUAAAAUUUAGAUGUCAUAGUUGUUAGGAGUAGAGUAGGAUUCUUAGCCUGAUUUGAAUGCUUUUAAUCUCUUUUCUAGCUUAUGCAGGUUUGAUUAUUUCUAUUGUAAUGGAAUGCUAUGGUAUUAAAUGAUUCUUAAUGUUAAGGUUUUUGCAAUUGUGCAAUAACAUCUAGUUUUGAACAAAUGCUAAAGUCUGUUAAUGGGGGAGGGUUAACACAGCAGGGAUCCAAAGGUUUGGUUUUGGUGGGGGGCUGGGAGAGCAGAUAAGAGGUAUGAGGGUGCAGCUGGGGGGCAAGUAGAUUCUCCAUGUGAGCACACGUCUGACUUCAAUAAAACCUGUGCUACUCACUUCGAUCCUGACUCAGCAUUCAGCAUUAUUAUUUCACUUUAAACCACCAAAUUUCCACAACAAUUAUGGUGUCAAAAGUGGGAUGAGUUGUGAUCUGCAGCGGAGGGGGACAAGACACAGACCGUGGACGCUUUCCAGCCACAGGAUGCACCCAGAAAUCAGCGAAAAUCUUACAAAGGGGUAGUACCUAUCGGUGGUACAGUGGCUAUAAUCAGCCCUCCGUCUGCAGAUCAAACCUCAUCUACGGACCUUGGUGGUGAAGAGUGACGAAUCAUUUAUUAUAAUUCGAACAAAAAAGUACAAUUGGGAAAAAAUACCUUAUUUUAGAUAUCCCCCUCCACCUGCCCUUUGUGCGCUUCUCCCUGGAGAUAGAAUAGUUGCACGAUGGUGCGAACGUGAGUCGCCUGCUCAGAUAGCGAGGCCGGUGAUAAAUUUAUCAUAAAUAUGAUCAUCAGCAAGGUUGAUGAUAUAUUUGUUAGGAAUGUUAUCGUUGGACAGAUGGAGUAACCUGCUCCUAUAGCGAGGUAUUUGACAAUAGAUGUAUUAGGAAAGUACAGUAUUGACCCGGGUCUUGGGGUGAAGCGCUAUUAGAUAAGCGAGAGGAUAGCUUAGUACAGGGGUCCUCAAACUUUUAAACUAAAGGGCCAGCUCACUGUUCUUCAGUUUUCUGUGGGGCCGGACUAAAAAUAAACAUUAAAAACUAUUUAUCAUGUGAUACUGGUUGCAUAAUAUAUGCUAUAUGUGUAAUUCACAAUGCAGACGUUUUAAUGAUUUAUUAAGUAAUAAUUUCCAUUAUCCUACCUCAUACAGUGCUUUUCCAUAAGUUAAUGCGAACUGUGAGCUUGCUUCUGGCUGACAAGACUGUCAAUGUCAGGUUCCAUGUUUGUUACCGUCAGUCGUAACAAGUGAUGCAAAUGUUCAUCAGAGAGUCUGGAUCUCGUUGGACACUUGAGCUGUUUCAUCCUGGAAAAAGUCUGCUCACAGAUGUAGGUGCUCCCAAAAAUUGUUGUCAUUUUGAGUGUGUGUAGAUUUGGGUACGUCUCACCGGGAAGAGAGGCAUAGAAAUCAACCAAAGUGCUGGACUUGAAUACGUCUUUAAGGUUGUCAAAAUUUUGUAGUUCAGCCAGUUCCAGCUGGUAAAUUGGAUCGAUGCAGUCAAUGUCUGCAGCAAAGGGAUUCUGGAAAAGACGAAUGUCUUUGGCGUGGGCAUGAAGCUCUUGAAAUCUCACCUGAAAUUUGCAUUGCAAAAUUUCCAAGGCCUCCGCACAUUUUUCAGCCGGGAAUCCAAGUGAAGGCACCUCAGCUGCCCGUUUCUGUGUAGUGGGAAAAUGGCAGAAAUUUUUCUCCUUCACAUGUUUAAGGAGGAGACCCAGUUUUACUUCAAACGCCUUUACAUACGAAUGCAUGUCACUGAUGAGUCUUCCCUUGCCUUGGAGCUGCACAUUAAGACUGUUGAGUAGGUCGGUUACAUCUGUUAAGAAAGCAAGGUGCCAUUUCCAUUCUUCAUCGGUGAGUUCUGGCACAGCUUUGUUUUUGGACAGCAUAAACGUGUUGAUCUCGGGGAGCAGGUCAUUGAAACGUUUCAAAACUCGACCUCGACUCAACCAGCGGACCUCAGUGUGGUACAGCACAUCUUCGUAAUCAGCAUUUAGCUCAGACAAAAAAUCCUGAAACUGCCUGUGGUUAAGAGCAUGAGCUCUGAUGAAAUUAACACAGGACACCACAAUUUCCAUGACAGAAUCCCACUUAACUGCUUUGCAACAGAGUGCUUGUUGAUGGAUCAAGCAGUGUAUGGCGAUCAGACGAGGAUGGCCGCGUUCACUCAUUUCUCUGUUGAUACGCGCUAUCACUCCUUUCAUAGAACCCACCAUGCUCGGCGCACCAUCCGUUGUCACACUCACUAAUUUAGCCCAGUCCAGAUCUAAAUCCGCCACCGUUUGGUGAACUUUCCUGUAGAUGUCCUCUCCUGUUGUCGUUCCCUUGAUGCUUUGUAGUCCAGCAAGCUCCUCUGUGACUUCGAACUUAUCAUUAGUUCCGCGGAUGAAAAUCAACAGUUGCGCCGUGUCACGCACAUCGUUGCUUUCGUCAAGAGACAGUGAAAAGGAGCAAAGUCUUUUUGUCUGAGUUUGCAGUUGAAGGUGCAAAUUGUCGCCCAUUUCUUCUACUCUCCGUGUAACUGUGGGUGCGGAUAGACUCACCGCGCUGAACAGGUCCGCCUUUUCUGGGCACAUCUCCUUGACAACCGCCGUCAGGCACUGUUUUACAAACUCUCCGUCGGUGAACGGCUUUCCACUGCUAGCUAUUAGCUUGGCCACUUGAAAGCUAGCUCGAACUGAUGAUAUAUUUAGGUGUUUUUGCUUUAUAAAAGAAUUUUGCUGAGUCUCCAACUCAUGUUUCAGUUUUGCUAUUUUGUCUGUCCUCACCUGCCCCGUCAGAAAGCUGAACUUGUCUUUAUGGCGCGAUUCAUAAUGGCGGCGCAGGUUGUAUUCCUUAAACACGGCGACUGACUCCUGGCAUAUGAGACAAACAGCCUUUUCUUUACAUUGCACAAAAAGGUAGUCAGAGGUCCACUGUUGAUUAAAUACCCUGCACUCAGAGUCGAUUUUUCUUUUCCUCGACAUUCCGUCAGAUGUGAGUCUCAGAGCUCAUGCGAACAGCACAGAGCGAGUGGUAGUAUGUUGUCUGAUUACCGUGGGAAAUAGCUUUCUGUUUUUUUUCAUCUGUCUACGGAGACUCUCGAUGGCCAAUUGUCUUUUUUUUCCUGUUUUUUCCCCCCGUAUAGCUAAUGCUGCUUGCGCGAGGGGCCAGGGAGCAGGUACUGCUGUUGUAGCUUAAGGGGCCGGUCAAAUGAGCGCAGGGGGCCGUAGUUUGAGGACCCCUGGCUUAGUACAUUGGGAGGUGCUGCGGCUACACGUUGCUGAGGCUAAGUUGCUGAGUAAUUAAAUCAAGUUAGAGAGCAAAAAAACCUGGGAUCCCAGAUAUGUUAAAAAAUAAACGAAAAAGGGAAAAAAUUGGAAAAAAGUAAAUAAACGUUCUUUAACGUUUUUAAUCAGGUUCACAAUGCGGCUCUCCUUAGUCAAAGGAGCCAGGAUUAAGGCACUGAUAGUGUAAUGCAUCUCCCGGGGUGGAUAAAAUAUUUCGGAUUUCCAUCUACUGGGAGCUUCAGUGUGAAGACUUACUGCGUGAGUGUGAAACUAUGUGUUAGUGUGAAAUUUUAAUGGAAUGAAUCAGGCCCGGAGUGGCUAAUUGGGAGAUUCGGGAAGAUUCCCGAUGGGCCGGCUCGAGUUUGGGCCGGUUGGACGAAAAAAAAAUAAUUUACCCGUCACUUAUCUAAUCUUAUUCUUGAAUUCAUUUCCAUUUAACUACCUAUGCAUUAUCUAAUCGUCUGACAGCACAGCCUCUACUUCGCAGUAGAUUAGAUGGGUUUAACCAUCUGAGGGAAUUCUCCCCUCCCAAUUGUUUGAGUUGGUUGCGGCCACGAGUGGUCUUUUCUGAAGCGAUGAAAUUAAAUAUAGCAACAGAAUAGCACGAAGCGUCAAUCGACUGUGAUGGAGGGUAAAAAGAGGCCAGGUGGAGCCGAAAAGGCCAGAUUAAAAAAAGAAAGAAGAUGGAAGAAGAAGCUGCCAAAUGUGCAAAAUGAACAAGCUUGUUUUCCAGAGGACAGACUCCAGCUGCUGCCGGUAAACAGAGAUAUGGAAAUAAUAUUGAAUUGUCAGCUAUUGCGCAACGUUUGCAAUGUCGACUUGGCAUAGUUUAUUUUGUAGAGUCCAAUACACAUCAUUAACCUCUUAACACUAUUCUAUAUAUGUCAUAAUUAAUAUCUUGCUGUGUUUAUGAAUAAUUAUAGACACCCAAUAUGCCAUUUUAAAGCAUAGAAUCUCUGCUUUUCAGUAUCUAGCAUAUUGAACUGUAUGUCAUCUCAGGAAAUAAACAUUUAGUGUGAAAUAUGCCUUGUUUAUUAGAAUUAAGAUUCAUAAUUUUGAAUCUGGUAAAGCUUUAUAUUCUGUCUUUAAGCUACUUCUUUGAGGAUUCACUUUUUCUACAAGAAUUCGUUAGAUUAUAUUUCUUUUAGCAUUUUGAACCUAGUUUAUUUGGUUAUUUUCCUAUUUUAUAUCUAUUUUUCUGUUUUUAUUAAAUCUUAUUAGGUUAUUAGCGUCUAGCUUGUUAGCAUACAGAACGUCUCCCUGGUCUUUUAAAUGAAUGUUGAUUUAUUAAUUUAAUAGCUGUAUCUAAGUCAGACAGACACGGUGUGAUUUUUUAAAUCGGGUGCUGAGAGCUCAUCCGCAUGUUUGAAUGGUUUGUCCUGUACAAAAACACAGGUGAUAUAUGCUGACACUGUAGUCUGACUGGCAGGCUGAGAGACUGAACGUCAUGCAGCCCAAAAGCAGUAGAAUUAGCCAGAUCCCCGCAAGUCGUGCACCCAUUAAUCCACCUGCAGAGCUUUAAACGCUCGGAUGAGCGCGUCACUUUCCUCGGGUCGGGUUCCAGGAAAUAGUCUGUGAUGUCAUCUUUUUUUAAUACUAUUUUAAUUUUAUAUAAAGCCAUGGCAUGAUAAUCACCAUGUAGUUAAGUAACCAAGUCUUAUUGUUAACAAAAAUUCUCCUUAACUGAAACUAAUUAAAACAAAGAAAAAAUAAAACGAACUGAAAUUACAGAUUGAACCCUCA